AUGGCCUACACGCGCGCGGACGGAAUCAUCCCGGACCGGUUGACCCUCACCAAGGAGCAGAAGCAGGCGCUGACCGACACCGCCGACAAGGUUGUGGCCGAGACUCUGCGCUCGUACGAGCGGUUCGUCGCCAACAACCGGCAAGUGGACCCUCGGCUCUGGAAGCCCAUCAAGUCCCAUGAAAAGGUGCACGCGUACCGCACCCGGCGUUCAGGUUCCAAGUACCUGAAGCAUCUCGAGAACGAGAAACACCCGAGUCGACCGCGGUUGCUGUCGAACAACACGGUGGAGGAGCAGCAGCGUCAGGCGAUGGCGGCAGGUCGACCGCACGCCUUCACCUCCGACGACGAAGACGAGGAACCGCAGCGAACGCCAGGGGAGAAGUCCGCCAGCAGCGUCUCGCGGUCGCAACACACACAGAGCUCGUCGAGCAACGCAGGGUCCUUCUCGGUCUUCCCCGAGGAGAGCGUGCUGGAGAAGGUCAAGCCCUCACACGUGCCGCUGGUCGCAGCGACCGGAAUCAUUGACGGAUCCGUUGCGGACGUCGCGUUUGGAGCGCUGGCCCAUACGAACGAGGCCUGGCUCGAGCGCAACGCCUACGUGAAGAACGAUGGCUUCGACGCUCGCAAGGUUCUCGCCUCCUUCCAGGCCCCGAGCGAGGAGGAUCCGUUCCGGUUCAUCGGCAUUAAAUGGGCCACCCGCGACAUCGCUGUCUUUGUCUCUCGACGGGAUGUCGUCUUCAUCGAGUCCUCCGGCAUCGCGUUGGACUCGGACGGCGAGCGCGUUUACUACAGUUUGGCCCACUCGGUCGAGCUGGACGACUGCCCCGUGCUUCCCGAUAGCUACAACGUCGUCCGCCUGAACCUGUCCAUUUGCUACAUCAUGCGGCAGAUUUCGGAGACGCAGAUUGAAGUGUGUGCGCGAGGAUACGCAGAUAUGGGCGGCAGCUUGCCGCCGCUUGUCGGAUUGAAUGUUUUCACCCAAGGUGUCGUGGACGUCGUGGGCAUCGUCGAGGCCUCGUACCUCAAGAAGCUGGCGUGGCUCAUGGCGCGCCGGCGGACCAGCGACGCGUCUGCGCUACACACGAAGGACUGCGGUGUCUGCGGCAAGGGCACCAAGAGGUUCAACCUCAUUCAGGCUGGGGGCACGUGCGCUAUCUGCAGACAAACCAUUUGCCAGAAGUGCAGCGUCAAGAAGAAGCUGCUGCUGGACGCAGCCGAAGACGUGCAGCGAACUCUCACCUUCUGCGUGUCGUGUGUCAUCGAGGCCCGGCAAAUGUCCGCAUGGGACGUCGCGACCGCGCAGCUCAAGCGCCGGUAA